UUUAACUUUUUAAAUUUAUUAUUAUGUAUGUAUUUAGUACUCAACUUCAUAUGUUUUAUAUGUCUAUUGGCAGGUGGUCCAGCGUAUUUCUCUGGGGCAGGCUGGGCAACUUUUGUCACUACUGUCGGAUUAGGAGUGUCGCUUACUUUGCUUUGCCUUUAUCUCUUUCGAAUUGUCGACAUUGUAACGCGGAUCCCAUGGAUAAUUUGUGAAAUGAUUUUCUGCUUCGCGUGGACCAUAUUUUUUUUUAUUACUGCUUCCGUACUGGCUGUUGCUUCAGUCAAGUAUCGAACUGGAGCGGGAUAUGCAGCUGCAGCUUUUUUCGCAUUUGGUGCAAUGUGUACCUAUGCCUUUGAUUGUUAUCUGAAAUUUCUGGCUUGGAAAGCAAAUGAAAUCGCAACUGGUGGUACUCCUAUGACAACUACCUAUUCAACUGGCCCAUCAGUACAAAAAAAAGUUGUGAUCAGUGAACCUUAUAAACAGUAA